AUGCAGCAGGGGGCGACUGCGCUGGCGCAACUCGGCCUGCCCAAUGAGGGCGUCUUCUCGUAUGCCCACUCCUCCUUCCUACCGGACGGAACGCUCCUCGGGGAGUAUGGGCGGGGCGUGCACGAGAGCACGCGCGAGCGGAUGGGCAACGGGAGAGGGAAGGCUCAGCGGCGCAACGCCCACAUCCCGCGGCAGGCUCUGCGGGCGGCGCUUCUCGACCCGCUCCUGCCGGGGACGGUGCGGUGGGGCAAGGCAAUCGCUCGCUUUGACGCCGGCGACUCGGGCGUCAUCCUGCACUUUGAGGACGGCUCGCCACCCGAGCGCGCCGCGCUCCUCGUCGGCGCCGACGGGAUCCGGUCGCGAGUGCGCGAGCAGCUGCUCGGCGCGUCACCGCUCGAGUACCUCGGCGUCGUCGUUGUGCUCGGGCGCUCGCGCACGUCUCACGCUGCGGCGAGCGAGCGAGUCUUUCAGACCCUCGACGGCGACACGCGCCUGUACGUGAUGCCGUUCGAGGCCGGCGUUGCGAUGUGGCAGCUCUCCUUCCGACUGGGCGAGGCGGAGGCGCGGGCGAUUCAGACCCUAGACGGCGCAUCGCUCCGCGCCCUCGCCCUACGCCGGCACGAGCCGAUCCCGCAGCUGCUGCAAGACACCGCGGCCGCGGACAUCACCGGCUAUCCAGCCUACGACCGGCCUUGCCCCGCCGCCCUCCGACAGCCCACCUCUGCCGGCGAGGCGCUCGGAGGGCUGGGUGGUGAGGCGGGUGGCGAGGUGCCGCCACCGACGCUUGCCACGGAGACACGGGUGCGCGCGCCGGUCGCGGGCGGCGGUGGCGGUCUCACCCUCAUCCCCGGUCCCUCGACGCUCCGCUGCCAGGCCCUCCUCGACGGGAUCGCCCUCGCCCGCGCCCUUCGCUCCCACGAGCUUCGCGGUGUCGCAGACAUGCUCGAGCGGGCGCGCCGCAAAGUGCGUGCGUCGCGCGACGCGGCGGAGCUGCUGCACUCGCCCGAGGCGAUGGCAAAGUCGAAUUCGACGCGCGCGCGGUCGGCGAGGGACAAGCGGCAGCUCGAAUCCACUACAGCAGCAGGAGAGGGGCGGGGGGCGGUAUAG